UGGCAACACUGUUUCCUAUAAAAACGAAAAUCUAUUUAUAUUUAUUUCAUUUGAAAUUUGUUAACACAUUUUUUUAUCUCACAAUUUGGUAUUAAGUUUUUUUCAUUGAACAUGUACGAUUAAUACAUGCAAAUUCUAAAAAGAAUGGCGACCAAAACACUUACGUUUGUUACGGGUAAUGUGAAGAAAUUAGAAGAGGUUAGGGCUAUACUCGGUAAUAACUUCCCUUUGGAAGUUAUAAAUCAUAAACUGGACUUACCGGAAUUACAAGGAGAAAUCGAUGAGGUGUCUAUCCAGAAAUGUCAAGAAGCUGCUCGCCGCCUUAAAAAACCUGUGAUUGUAGAAGAUACAUGUCUUUGUUUUAGAGCAUUGAAUGGACUUCCCGGGCCAUAUAUCAAAUGGUUCUUAGAAAAAUUAGGACCUGAAGGACUUAUUAAACUUUUAGAAGGAUGGGAAGAUAAAUCUGCUGAAGCAGUUUGCACGUUUGCUUAUUGUGCUGGCGAUGAAGCAUGUGAAGAUGUUAAGAUAUUUCAAGGAAAAACCCAAGGAACAAUUGUGCCUCCCAGAGGAUCGAGAGAUUUUGGUUGGGAUUGUGUCUUUCAACCUGACGGUUAUGAUAGAACAUAUUCUGAAUUACCAAAGGAAGAAAAAAAUAAAAUAUCUCAUAGAUAUAAGGCACUAGAUAAAUUGAAAUCAUACUUCAUGGAAACCUCUUGAUUUUUUAUUUCUUGUUAAAAUAUUAUUUAAUUCAUCAUCGAAUUAACUAUCUUAGUAUGUUGUAAGCUCUCUGGUUCAGAAGGAAAUAUUUUGUCUCUAAUUUUGAAUGUGACCAAAUUUCUAAAUAGCAAUAGUUAUAUAUCUUUUAAACCAGGGUUAUAGGAGUAAUUGAUUUACCACCUGUUACAUGUAGAAGUACAAAAUGUUAACUAUUUUGAUUAUUCUUCAUAAUUUAAUUUGGUUAAUUGGAAUCUAUCCUACUUUUUAAAAAAUCUGACUUCAACCUCUACUUCCUGUACCUGCUCUCUCCCAGUCCCUUUACAUUACUUCCACUACAAUAGUAAAUGAGGCAAAGCACUCUCUCACUUUAUAUUCCAUCUAUAUCAAUGACCAUAAUUUAUUACAAUAUAAAAAUUUGCAUUAUAAAACAAAUGAAGUAAUGAAUUAUAGGGAUAAGGGGUCAUUGCAAAUUGAUAUAAAUCAGAGCAUUAUUGUUUUAUUUCAUAAAAUAAUCAGCUAUUAUUACAUAUAUCAUUAAAAUACAAAAGUGCAUAAAUCAAACUCCUAUUUAAUAGGACUUUCUUUAUGGCUGCUUGAGUUUAAUACAUUACUUCUCAAUAUUCCAUA